CGGUUAGUCUGGAAAACACGGUGCGCUGUUUUAGCCGUGCGCGCGCAUACGGCGCUUUAAGGCGAUUAUUUGUUUCUACACAUUCUGGUGUUUAUCCGCGUUUAUUUCUCUCCAACUUCAGCUACAGUGAUAGCUAAGUUCGGAGAGGAGAGAAAGGAGUAAUUCGUGUUUUUGCGAGGAAAUAUUUGCAACAAAGAUCUGUCUUUCGUUUAUCCUUAACCAUACAAAGGAAUUUCCAUCCUUAUAAAUAAAACAAAACAAAACGAGGCAAAAUAUAUUAAGGCACAAUGGACAACGCUGCAUCUAAGAAACCUUGCUGUGAAAGAUUUUGUCAGUUCUUCACGUCUGCGAAAUUCCUCAUUUACCUUGGACAUGCGCUGUCAACAUGGGGUGACCGCAUGUGGAAUUUUGCUGUGGCUGUGUUUUUGGUGGAGCUCUAUGGCAAUAGUUUGCUCCUCACGGCCGUGUAUGGACUGGUGGUCGCGGGGUCCGUCCUCUUGCUGGGUGCUAUUAUUGGUGACUGGGUUGACAAAAAUGCCAGACUGAAAGUGGCACAGACGUCUUUGGUUGUGCAGAACAGUGCUGUGAUUCUAUGUGGUAUACUGCUGAUGGUCGUUUUCCAGUUUAAAGAACAGCUUUCUACCAUGUACAGUGGAUGGUUGCUGACAACAUGCUACAUUAUGGUCAUCUCCAUUGCUAACAUCGCUAACCUGGCCAGCACGGCUAUGUCCAUCACCAUCCAGAGGGACUGGGUGGUGGUGGUGGCCGGAGACGAUCGGAGCAAUUUGGCAGAUAUGAAUGCCACUGUCAGAAUAAUCGACCAGUUGACAAACAUUCUGGCUCCGAUGCUGGUGGGCCAGAUAAUGGCUUUCGGUUCUCAUUUCAUGGGCUGUGGUUUUAUCUCGGGCUGGAAUCUGUUCUCCAUGUGCUUGGAGUACUUUCUGCUUUGGAAGGUUUAUCAGAAGACUCCCGCUUUGGCCAUCAAGGCGGGACAGAAGGACAGUGACAACCAAGAAUUGAAGCAUCUCAACAUACAAAAAGAGAUUGGAAACACUGAAGGUCCAGCGGAAGGCUCGCAGCUCAUGAACGAAACCGCCGAAGAAAAGAAAAUCGCUGAGAAGAAGGCCAGUGGCUGCUACCAAAUGGCAGAGCCGCUCCGUACCUUCAAAGAGGGCUGGGUUGCAUACUACAAUCAGUCCAUUUUCUUCGCUGGCAUGUCUUUGGCUUUCCUCUACAUGACUGUGCUGGGUUUUGACUGCAUCACCACAGGUUACGCGUACACUCAGGGCUUAAACGGAUCCGUGCUCAGUCUGCUCAUGGGAGCUUCGGCUAUAUCCGGGAUCUGUGGAACGGUUGCCUUUACUUGGAUCAGAAAGAAAUGCGGCCUGAUCAGAACGGGUUUCAUCUCUGGAGUUGUCCAGCUGUCUUGCCUCUUGCUCUGUGUGGCAUCCGUCUUCUCUCCCGGCAGCCCCUUUGAUCUCAGUGUCUCGCCCUUCGAAGACGUUGUUAAACAUCUGUUCGGAGACGGUGCUUCUCGGCUUCCGAGCGAUAUUAUAGAUUCAACCAUCCAGAACAACUCCACCACGGCAGACAUAGAAGCCCCCCAAAUCAACUCCUAUUUGUCCGUCAGUCUUCUCUUCGCUGGUGUUAUUGCUGCUAGAGUCGGUCUCUGGUCUUUUGACUUGACCGUGACUCAACUGAUCCAGGAGAAUGUGAUCGAGUCGGAGAGAGGAAUCAUCAACGGCGUUCAGAAUUCUAUGAACUAUCUUCUCGAUCUUCUGCACUUCAUCAUGGUCAUCCUCGCACCGAAUCAAGAGGCCUUCGGUCUUCUCGUGAUCGUCUCUGUUUCCUUCGUGGCCAUGGGUCAUAUGAUGUAUUUCAGGUUCGCCUAUAAAAGCCUUCGGAGUCGGCUUUUCCUUUUCUGUUCACCCGAGCAAAAGCCAGACCCCAAUAUUCCUUCACUUCCAAACUCCGUCUAACUCUUUUAAGAGACUCAAGAGUAUUGUGUGCAGGGUUUUUACUGAAGCCCACCAGGAAUUCAAUUCCAAAUGCUUUACUUACACACACGCUUUUGUUGCUUGCAGUAGCCGUAAGCUGAAUUAACAAAGAUACAGAGGUUCUUAGUUAGAAACUACAAGAGAGCUUACAGAGCGGAAGAUGUCGAAGAGGUAUAAAAAAGCAAGCUAUGUCGUAAAAUAUGGUUCUCGCUUUAAUGUAGUUUGUAAAUGCUCCAAAGCAAAACCAAGCAUAUUUAUUCUACUUUGACGUAUUUUAUUGUUUUUUAUUAUUAUCAUAGUUAACCUUCAGACUGGGCAUCCAGGUUUUGUAAUGCAUGAGUAGUUUUGUUAUUUCCUCCCUCUUUUUGCAAACUAUGAGUCUCUUUAAAAGUUAUUCGGAGAAUACUUGUUAUUCAGAUAUGCUUAUAUAUUUAAAGGUCUGUAGCCAGUAUUCCGUAUCUAAGCUUUGGUGGUGCUAUAUCUAAAUAAAAGCUAUGCAGACAUACAGUUUGUAACCAAAGUGGAAGUGAUUUUGGAAGUGAGGGAAUAACAGCUGUGUUCGCACUAUACAUUCCAAAUAUUGCUGGGGUGACAAUUUGUGGAGACGCAGAUGCUGAUUUUCUCGAGCCAUCGCCGUAAAGACAUAUUUUAUAGUAGUAUAUUUCGUUCUUUCAUCCUGUUUGAUUUGAAGUUGAUUUUAGCACAUUGUUCUAAUCUUUAAAUCUAAGAUUGUUAAACUAGCACUUUACAUGAUUAUACUUCGUCCAUUAUUAACGAGAAGCGCAACAACAAACUUCAGGUAUUAUAACGUUUGCACAAUAUUCAGUGAGUUCCUCCACACUCAAUGGUUGGCGGGAAUUCAGAUAUUUUUAUACUUGUAGUUCUUCAUCAGAUCUUGGCAUUUGUUGACCAAGAUUCUUUCUGUAUCUGCCUAAAAACAACAAAAACGGGAUUUUGAGCACCAGGUGCUUACACUUAAAACUCUUCAGCCCUUGUCCUAGUGAUUUCUACUGCUCUCAGAGACACCACACCUCAGAUUUUCCUUCAUUCAAAUCAAUACGCUAAUCAUUCAAACAUUCCAAAAACAAGCUUAGGUUUUUGGUGACGCUUGGUACUGCAUGCUCCAGCCAACCUCAAAGCCACACACUUUACGCUCGUGCCUCCAAAUGCAUUUGAAUACCACAGCUGGUCAGACAUGAGAAAUUUUGGAGCCGUUGUAUAAUAUUGACAUUGGACAUCAGCAGAUCUCCACCCAAAAUUCAGUCGAUGGUUGGCAGCUGGUUACGUAGGUGCCAAGUUGAUCCUCAGCAUUGAUGCUUAAUAUUUAACAAAUAGAUUUCAUGAGCCAUGUUCCCCUUACAAAACACUUUUUUAAAAUCACUUUAUUUACAGAUGAAAAUGUGUUGUGUGCAUUUUUUAAGUGCAUGAUUCAUCUUCUAUCUUUGUGAAUGUGAAGCCUUAUUUACACCUGUACAUUUUUUAUAUUCUUGUGUUUUGUCCUCCUACGUAAUGACAAACAAGAUUUCUCACAAAAUGAAAUGACAAAAUGAAACACUGUUUAAAUUUUAACACCAACACCAGUUGAAUGUAACAUAUAUGAAAGGAAACGUCUUUUAUAAGGAAGCACAUAGAUUUUGCUCCCUUUGUGUAAUGCUUGUUCAAACUCCUUCAGGGGUAACAGAAAGCUCAAGACAUGUAGUGAAACUCUUUGUUUGAACAGAAAUAAAAACAUUUACAUCAAA